AGCAAGCAACUGUUCACUUGUGUCACUUAUUUUUAACUUUCAUACAGUUAUUUGAGUCAUUUUUUAUCGUUAUCUCGGCGAAAUGAGCUUAAUGUUGCUGACACAUGAAAGUUUGAGUAACUUUUCUCCUCCAACGGGUUGAAGAAACUGAAGUCCCGCUCGGAGUCGGAGGGAAUAACGGAUUAGCUCAAUGUUAGCAGGUCGGCUGGCCCGUCAUGGAGUGCGUCGCUUUUUCAAAGUAUUCGUGGAUCGACUUUGUCUUCUCUGUGAUCGGGGUGUGCACCUUUCUGCUGGACUGGGGUUCGGACGUGUGGGUGGCCGCCGAGUUUUACUGCCACGGACACUUCUUGUGGUUCGGGUUGCUGGUCAGCCUCUUGGUUCUGUCGUCGGUCGUGGUCCAGACGUUCAGCUGGUUCUGGUUCCAGUACGACCGCCAGCUGCUGGGAUUCAGCGUGAUAUUCGGCGACAGGCAGAAACUUUCGUGCCUGCUUCACGUGCUGCAGCUGGGCUUCCUCUACAGGCACAUCUCCGCCAUCCGUCGUGGCUUCAGGGUGUGGUGGUGGAAAGAAGAGGGCUCGGAAUACGCUGUUUACCUGACGCACGACCUGAGCAUGCUGCGGCUCAUCGAGACCUUCUCCGAGAGCGCUCCUCAGCUCACGCUCAUGAUCUACGUGCUGCUGCACACCAACAAGGCCAAAGCCGUGCAGUUUGUGAGCAUUGCGGCGUCAACCACAUCCAUCGCCUGGAUGGUCGUGGACUACCACCGCUCCCUGCGCGCCUUCCUGCCCGAUAAGGCCAAGCAGGGCUGGGGCUCCUCCUUUGUCUGCUUUAUGUGGAACCUGCUGCUGAUCGCCCCUCGUGUGGCCAUGCUCGCCCUUUUCACUUCUGUACUCCCCGCCUACAUCGCCGCCCACUUUGUCAUCCUGUGGUUGGUCUUCCUGUUGUGGGUGUGCCAACAGAAGACAGACUUCAUGGACAGCGUCGGAGGGGAGUGGCUCUACCGGGCCACUGUGGCACUCAUUUGGUACUUCAGCUGGUUUAACGUAGGAGAGGGUGGAACCAGAGGCAGGAGCACCAUCUACCAUUUCUUCAUUACCGCAGACGGGGGAAUCCUGCUGGCCACUUGGUGGUACUACAGGGACCCGACACAGACGGACUCCUACGCCCUCAUCCUCCUCAUCAUGCUUCCUCUCAUCUCCCUCCUUGGACUACUCUUCAAAGCCCUCUACUACUGCUGCUUCCACCCUAAGCUGUGGAGGCCCAACCCAAACCUGCCCCUGGACUCGCCUGAUGCAGAGGUGUCCUUCAGAGACUUGUCCAUCCAGGACAGCACCCCGUCCUCUCAGAUCCUCAACAAACGGAUGGCCUGCCAUGCUGCUCGUUUUUACUCUGUGCAUGGAGUCAUUCAAAUCACGCAGACACACAGGGACUUGAACCGUCGGCUCGGUGAUGUCUGACUGCAGGCUCAACGUGACGCGGUCUGUUAUCCUGUUGAAACACACACACGCACACACACGCUACCUGAAGCUUUGGCCACGUGAUAAGCUAAUUUUUGAAAGAGUGACAUUAAACAUCAUUACAUCUGAAAUACUUUAUACAAUACAGAUUGUAUUUUAUUACACGUGAAGAAACACGUUGCGUAACAACCAACACUGCGGCUUUUCCACGCAGCGUGGAAACGAAGUUGUAAACCGCCUUUUUUCUGCAACAAUAAUCUGUAAAAUUAAAGCAGUAAAUAAUUAUUACUGCUGACCUGUUCAGGGACUUUUACCGUGUUGUGCAGCGUGAUAGACUGCUGCGGGGAAAAAGGGAAAAAAGAAGGAUUAUACGCAGCAUCAGUGAUGUGAGGAUCAUAACUAGCGCGGCACUAGUGCAAACCUCUGCUGGGGGAGUAAUUACCGCCUCUGCCAGAUGACAAAGGUGUUAAAGAGAUGAUAGAACAGGAUUAAACGUGUAGAUUAGGUUGGUGGCAUUUGCUUAAAGGACCAGUUCACAUUUUUACGCCCUGAAGCAUUAGUUUUCCCACUGUUUCAGGAAGGUGCUUCAGAUUGGCUCGUGUUUAAGGUGAUUAAAUUUAGUGUAACUCACCGAGUUGUACAUUGUAAGUCAGCCUGUUACGGUGCAAAAUGGCACCAAACUCAGCCAUGUGUGAGAGCAACUUUAGUCCCAUAAAAACAUUAACAAUCAAGCCUCUGUGUUUUCAACUCAAAUUUAUCAUUUGUUGGAGAGAAAUAAACCAUAAAAUUGUUAAAUAUGAUUCUUUAUGACUUAUAUUUGCUGAUGAUAUUGUUAAAUUCUACAGGGACUUUUUUAUCGAAAACUACAUCCGCCAAUUAUAUAAACCGGUAAAUUUCCAAAAUAAAAAAGAGAAACACACCGAGCUGGUGUUAUUGAAUCUGAUGUUUUGUACAUCGAUGAUUCUUAGUUAUUUUGUUGCUAUUUCGAGCGUGCGGUGGAUUUCGUCUGCUCUGCCUAAUCUCAGAUUUUAAAGGGGAAAUCCAGGAUUACAAUCUCAGCUCUAUUUUCAAGAUGUUUUCGAGUUGAUCUUUUCAAUCGGAAUCAAAACUAAAUAAACCAGUGCGUUAUUGAUUUAGAACGCAAACCCCAUCACAGGCUAACUGGUUAAUGAAUGUAAGGGCACAGGAUGUAAACAAAGCAAAGGUGAGCGGAGCAAUCAGUGGCUCCAUUUGGUAACGAUGUAAUGGGACGAGGAUUAUUUAAAAAUGUGAACUCUUCCUUAUCCGAGGAACAAUGGUGGAAAUGACAAUGUUGAUUGGGCAAUUUUGAAAGAUUGGUUGUACUUUUUGUCUGUAAAAAAAAAGAAAAAAACAUUAUUUAAAGCUACAGUGUGUAGGAUGUAGGGCUGUUUAAUAUUAGCAUAAAUGGAAUGUAGCAUUCAUAACCAUUUGUUCAUUCGUGUUCAUCUGUGGAGGCCGCCAUGUUGCUACAGUAGCCCAAAAGUUACAUACUCAUUCUGUCUGUUGCAUUUUGCAGCACAGCAGGAAGAGUGAAGAAAAACAGAAGCAAAUUCAGUCGUUGCUCCCCUAUGCGCUGUCUACUCGUCACUAGUGCAGGCUAACAAGUUUGAGAACGCUCAUUUUUGUAAAACGGAUGAUCUUGUUUAUAGCAAAAGAAGCCAAGAGAGCGUGAAUCUCUGUUGCCAAAGAAGCAAAGAUGUGUAGGGAAACAAAAUUAUGACCUGUGACGGCAGAAUGCAGUCUGCACCCUCACCACAAGAUGACACUAAAUCCUACACAAUGUAGCUUUAAGGAAAUCAUGACUAUCCUCUCUGCUGUGGUGGAAAAGUUUGUGUUUUUGGACUCUUACAAAAUGUUUUUUUUCCCCUCAGGAAAGUGAAUGUAAAUUUGAUGGUUUAUUUUUUAUAACCUGAUCUUUGCAGUAGGUAAAGGCUGUUUGUUUAAUUCAGCUUUCAGUGUGUAAAACAAGUGCUGGGUUUGAAAUAACCACAGGGGAAGAGACGUGACUUCUGCAAACGAUAACUGUCAUCACUGACACGGCGAACGCUCACUGAAAUGUCGUGUCUCAUGUUUACUUCAGUGUCAUUUCUGCUGAUCGAUGGAAUUUUGUAAAAAAAAAAAAAAAAAAUCCCGAGAGUAAACGUAGUACUCUGAGUCCAUUCUCAGACUACUUGUUAAAUCGAAGCGUCUUUGCACUUUUAAGCUCAUGUUUGUCAGUCAUUUGUCUUUUGUCCACAAUUCAUAAAAUUGCUUCUGCAUCUACAGCGAGGGGCUGAUUGAGAUCAAAUCUGCACAAAGUGUUCCACGGGUGCUCCUGCAUCAAAAGUGUGCUCAAGGUCAAAGGUCCAAUUCUAUGGCCACUAAUAUGAAUUUACUGAAAAACACUUCUCCUGCGACUGCUGUUUGAUUUGUACCAAAUCUGCACACAAUAUUACCCACAUGCCUCC